UUAGCGUCCGGGUGGGAAACACAAACAAAAUGGCUGGGAAGAAGAAAGACGCCGAAACCUUCGACGUGAUCGACUUGGCCGAGCAGGUCAAGAAGCAGAGAUGGUGGAACAAAAUGUUCGGUAAUAAUUCCGGCCCGGCUGCCGAGAAGUAUACGGUCGCAACCCAACUCGCUAUCGGUGGAGUGACUGGGUGGUGUGCAGGGUAUUUGUUUCAGAAGGUCGGAAAAGUUGCAGCAUCGGCUGUAGGCGGCGGCUUCUUUUUGCUUCAGAUUGCGAACCACACGGGAUACAUUACAGUUGACUGGAAGAGAGUGGAGCAGGACAUGAACAAGGCCAAGAAGCAGCUGAAGCUGAACGCGGAGAAUCCGACUAAAGAAGUGAAGACGAAAGUACAAGAGGUGCAGACGUUCGUGAAAAAGAACCUCGUCCUCUCAGGAGGCUUCGUCGGAGGAUUCCUGCUCGGUCUGGCGUCAUAAGAAGCCCCUCGUCCAUUUUACAUGGUCUUAGGAAGAACAAUGAAAACUUACUGCACGCAACUUUUUCUUUUCUUUGACGACUUAUUUAUAUAUAUUGUAGAUGUUAUAGAGGUUAUACACACAGCAUGACACAGCCAGCAUUUUUAAUAUUUGCACUGAUUUCAUGCCUUUUGGUAUUAUUUUCACAUUUUGGUGAUUAGUUUUCCCUUUGAUGUUACAUUUUCUUUGAACCGUUCUGGAUUAUAUUUUGUGAUAUGAAAGAUGGUGGCACGUCUUUAAAUAUGUACGUCCAAAGAUGUGUACGUACGUAGGGCAGCCUUUAAGCACUGUGUUUAAACCAACGUAUAUCGUAGAUGUAAAAAGUGUUUAAGAAUCAUUUCCCCUUCGGCGGAUUAUAAAGCUUGAUUUCAAAGAGGCCACUAAAUGGGAUUCAACAACAAGAAAGUUGUAAUUCCAUCUUUUCAUCUCCAUAAAUAAACAGUUGAACUUCAACAACA